CCAUACUAUGGAAUACUAUACAAGAAUGUGGGAGAUCAUACAGAAUCCGAUCCGAGCCGAACAUAUAUUUUAACAAAAAAAAGAUUUACUCACUCAAGUAUCACCAUCAAGGAAAGUCAAGUGGAGAAUGAUGAAUAUGCGGAGUUUAUUAGGUGUAACAAUAUUGUUGAUAUUGUAAUGUUAGUAUAGUGUAACAGUAUUGUGAUAUCAUAAUUUACAGUGUCUCCAGUUUUUUUACUUUUAUGCUUUCAUCACA